UUAAGGGUAGGAGGCUGCGAAGGGUGUUAGAGACAUUCAUAUUGAAACAGAAUGAAACAACAUUGCAGCUGAUCCACAUGUGAUGUUGUCGAUGGAAGGACUAAUGACAGGGAUAGUGAGUGAAGAUGGACAGCAGGUCAGGUAUGGACUUGCAAAAGAACAUAGUGGGAACAAGGGCAGCACUUUAAUUUUGGGUUGUGUGUGUGUAGAAAAACAUCACUAUAUAAUAUGUGUAACUCUGCCUGUGAAUCAGAAUGGCUAGAGAGGUAAGUAAGGUUAUGUCAGUUUUAAGGUUAGCUAGUCCUUUGCCUGGCUUUGUUACCAAGGGAGCAGUGUGAUUUCCUGCUACUCCAGGAGGGACGGUACAUGGGAAAUGGGCCGCAGAGCUGCAGGGGUGAAGUGUGACACAGCCAAGGGCUGGAUUCUACCGGGACAGCUCAUGAAGAUUUGUCAGAGCGGCAAGAAAAUGUGUGUCAGGCGUUGGUCGCAUUUGUGCCGUCCCAGGUCUUCCACCCCUGGGAGGAGCUCACAGAGCUGGGCUUUGCCCUAAGCCACGUUCUGCUUAGGGCCAUAUCUCUGGAUUUAUGGAGUUUGGACUACCUUUGCUUUCCAAAAGCCACGUCUGGAAGCGCCCGAGGACCUGCAGCGCUGCAGUUCCCCUUUUGCUCUGAAGCCGUCCCAGGCGGGGAUGGAUGCAGUGGCUGUGCUGAGCUCCGGUGGUGGCAGCAGCACGAUGGCGAACCUGCUGCCCUGCGAACACGCCCACCCCCCCCCCACACCUCUCCCGCCUGCCUUCGAGGUCCCUGCAGCAGAGCGAACCUCGGCCGCCCGUCCGCUGCACCCAGAGCCAGCCCCGAAGCAUCCGCUCUCUCCCGGGUUCCCUUGCACACCACGGCGGGGCCGUGCAGCUCCCGCGGCUCCUGCACACCCGAGCGAAGCCGCAGCCCCAGUGCCUACCUGCGGGGCGGCGGCGGGCAGGGGAGCCGCCCCUCCUGGGCGCGGAGCUAUAAGAGCAGCGCAGAGCUAUAAGAGCAGCGCAGAGCUAUAAGGGCGGCGCAGCGCGGGGCGCAGCGGGAGCCAUGGGGAACCGCGUCACCCGUGAGGACUUCGAGUGGGUCUACACGGAGCAGCCCCAUACGCAGCGCAGGAAGGAGAUCCUGGCAAAGUAUCCGGAGAUCAAGACUCUGAUGGGACCUGAUCCACAUUUAAAGUGGAUUGUAUCUGGAAUGGUUUUCGUGCAGCUUCUGGCAUGCUACCUGGUGAAGGAUUUAUCUUGGAAAUGGAUUUUCUUCUGGGCUUAUGGUUUUGGGGGUUGCAUCAACCAUUCGCUGACCUUAGCCAUCCAUGAUAUUUCACACAACGUCGCCUUUGGGAACAAGCAGGCCAAGUGGAACCGGUGGUUCGCAGUCUUUGCCAACUUGCCGAUUGGCAUCCCUUACUCUGCCUCCUUCAAGAAAUACCACAUUGACCAUCACCGGUACCUGGGAGGGGACAGCUUGGAUGUGGACAUUCCCACAGACUUUGAAGGCUGGUUUUUCUGUACACCCCUUCGGAAACUGCUUUGGCUUGUCCUCCAACCUCUGUUCUACAGUCUGAGGCCACUGUAUGUGAACCCCAAAGCGAUUACACAGAUGGAAAUUUUCAAUGCUCUUGUACAGUUUUCUGUAGACCUAAUCAUUUACAACCUUUGGGGACUCAAACCUGUUAUUUAUUUAAUAGCAGGUACAUUUCUCUGCUUGGGUUUACAUCCCAUUUCUGGGCACUUCAUAGCAGAACACUACAUGUUCUUAAAAGGGUAUGAGACAUACUCUUAUUAUGGACCUCUGAACUGGCUCACCUUUAAUGUAGGAUACCACAUGGAGCAUCAUGACUUCCCCAGCAUUCCUGGAUGCAGAUUGCCCAUGGUGAAGAAGAUUGCAGCAGAAUAUUAUGAUAACCUCCCACAUCACCGGUCCUGGAUUCAAGUUCUGUGGGACUUUGUUUUUGAUGACUCUAUUGGUCCUUACUCAAGGGUUAAGAGACUGUACAAGCUGGCAAAGGAAAGCUAAUGGGCUGGUCCGCCUGUGGCAGUGGGGUGUGUUUUUCCACACUUGACUUCAGUUUUCACAUGACUUCAGUUUUCUGCGGAAAUAGGAGGAUCUCUGUGUGUGCUGAAUUAAUGUUGGUGCAUGCUGCUUAGACCAAGAGGAUGAGUGUGAUAAUUAAGCAAUUGAAUGCACUAUUUUAGACUACUGAUACUUUUUAAUAAAGGAUGUUUGUAUGUGUAACCCUCAGAAACUAGGUUAGAGUGAAUUAUGAUUAGGUGAACCUCUGGUCUAGGCUUUGAAAUAACUUCCUGGGGCACACAUGGCCAAACCUGAGUUUUGGCCUGGUCUGCAGUGGAGAAUGUUUGCUGUGUGUUACAUGUGACCAUGUGUGUGUAUAGGUGAGGACUAGUUUCUCUUGAUGCCAGAUUAGAAGUGGAUGCUCUGCGUGCACAGGACUGUGGAAGCAGGGAGGACUGGCAUGCAGUAGUAAAUGACACUCUCUGGAGAACACAAGGGUGCCUUUUGCUCAAUGUCUUGUCUAAUCUAAUAAUCUUCUGAUAAUUGCUAGUAACAGAGAUUUUGUAUAUGCAAUGAAAUAUGUUUAUAUUUUUGUAUAGUUGUAUCAUUAUUUUAGUAGCUGCUGUUUGAUCUUUAUUCCAGGGAUUUGUCUAAACCUUUUCUGAAUGCAUUUCCAUGAGGAUCUAAUACUCAUUGUAGCGAACUGACAGAUCAGAACUGUGGCAGGGAGAAAUCCUUCCUUUAGUCUUCCACCCGCUGCCCUGAGCAGCAGCAUGGAUAUGCCUCUGGAGGAACUGCCUGGUCCUUUCUCAUUCACCUUUUCAACUGUAUCCAUAACUUCAUGUUUCUCAUGCAUUUCCCCACUGUAAGUCCUUCUGGGAAUGGAGAGUUUCUAGUUUUAAUUGUUCCUUGUCAAGAUUGUUAGCACUCCUGAUCACCUUUCUUGAUCUCCUCUAUAUGAUACCCCUCUCUGUGCAUAGGAUUUAGGAAAGUGUGUCAGUGAAGACGUAGAGAUGUUAUGGUGGUAUUUGUUCCUAACUGCUUUCAUAAUAAUGGUAAUUUUUUUUCUCUGUCAUUCAAGGGGCACUGACUUGGCAUUUGGGAAGCAUAUGAUACUCCAGCUAUAUAAAAUUGCCACUGAUGGUGUUAAGAGGAUGGAAUGCAGAGAUGGGGCUGUUUAUCUCCCUACAUCUCUUACUUGGUGCUAUUGACCUUCAUCUGUCAUUUCUGCCCACUGGAGACACAAAUCUUCCUGCCUGUCCUCUCCAACAAUAAACUUGUGGCUAUCCUCAAUAAUUCCCUGUCAUCAAAAACCUUAAAUCAACAUACAUUUCUCCAAGCAGAACAAUAUCUUGGGAGUCAGGAAUUCAGAUGUUCAGAUGCCAUCUAGUAUAUUCCCAUCACGCUGGAAAGCUGGCAAAGUAUUUCUUUCCUUACUAAGCAGUUAAAAGAGAGAUCUAUAUAGGUGCUCUUGCCUUCUAGCCCUCUAACAGUUUUUUUUUUUUCUUCUGGAAAUCCAUGGCUGUAACAAAGAAAAGGAUUAUUGUGCAGUCUCAUCAGUCUCUCAAAGUAUACAAUUAGACCUGGAAAGCCUGAUUUCCUCAAUAAAUGCAAUUUUUUUCCCUGCUCCAGAAGCACUCUAUCCACUAAGCCAGUGUCCAUUCACUAGCCUGGCACACAGCCAAGCUAGCCUGCUGCAAUUUGGGUUCCUCCUCCUCCAUUUCCCCUUCCUCCAUUUUUCUCACCCAUCUGAUUUUGGCAAAUGGGUAAAUAAAUACCCAGAUAUGCUCAGCAGAGCAAGAUCCUUUGUAAUACAGGGCUGAAUACCAGUUUAUUCACAGAUAUGGCUUUGUGCUUUUGGAUAAGAAGAACUGGGCUUCCUCAGUGAAGAAUAUAGUUAAGUCAUUAUGUCUUAAUUAUUAAAGCUGCUUUUCUCCCAAAGGAAGAGGUGUCUAUGUGGGAACUUCCAUUACCUUAUUUGUAUCAGUGCUUAUGUCAGGGAACCUUAGUUUUUUAUUAAUUUACUUCAGUGCUGCUGGCACUCUGAUCAGGUAUUCAACUUCCCAUGUCCUUAGCAGCUGUUCCUCAACUCUCUUGUCCAACUUAGAAAGUUAAUAUAAAAACCACAAUAAAGAUUAUGCUAUCUUCCUUGA